ACUCAGGGGGAGGACACGAAGAUUAUAUCAAGUGGGCUUGACAAGUCUCCUAACUCAGUUCACGAGUAUACACAGUGAUAGCGUCAUGGAUAUCCACCGAGUUUAAGAGCAACAGCGGAUUUGGGGAGCCCAGUGUAAGGACCGCUAUCUGAAGUCGGAUAUCAUAAUCACUGCAAUGACUGAGCCCUCAAAACCGCCUUUAGGGAGAAUGAAGGCACGUGCCCCACCUCCGCCACAGGUCCCUCAACCUGCCCCGCGUCACAUCUUUAGAAACACUGUACCUGACGGGGGCGGGACGUCAGACACUGACGCCAAAGAAAAUGUGCUGAGGACCACUGUGGAAUUACAGUUGACCUUACCACAAGGAUACCAGACUUCUGUAACUGAGGAUGGCAGUAAGGCGCUGAUGGACCUGCUGGUUGAGCUGUGUAGCUGCUACCACCUGAAUCCAGCGCUGCACACCCUGGAGCUGCUGUCGCCUGAUGGUCACCCUUUGGGGUUCAAGCCCAACACGUUGCUGGGCUCCCUCAACGUAGCCUCUGUCCUCAUCAAGGAGAAAGUCUGGGAGGAGAAAUCGGUGCGCAGACCGGCGCCCAAAGUGCCAGAGAAAACUGUGCGCUUGAUGGUGAACUACCACAGCAGCCAGAAGGCAGUGGUACGAGUCAACCCAUUAGUACCACUUCAGGCUCUGAUACCGGUCAUCUGUGACAAGUGUGACUUUGACCCUUCACAUGUCCUGCUCCUGAAGGACAGCAUCAGUCAACACGAAUUACCACUGGAUAAAUCCCUAACACAGCUGGGGAUCAAGGAGCUCUACAUACUCGAUCAGAGUUUAGUUCUCCAGCUUAAAAUGGCUUCAGCUCCAGCUCUUAACUACGCAGACUCCAUUCGCUCUAGCACAACCAGUUUGGGCAGACCGGAAAAGAAAGGUCUCCUGGGUAUAUUCCAGUUUAGCAGGAGGAAAUCCAAGACAGAGACAACAUCUAUGGACAUGGAUGACUCUGACGAUAAAUUAAUCCAAAAUACAGACACACACUCCAAUGCUUCGUCCUCAGUGUCAGGAGUGCCCUGUGUUGAAGAUCGGCCUAGCACCUUGGGCCAAUCUCAGUCGGCCAUGAACAUCUCCAGGAUGUCUCCCAAGUUUGACUCCAAGAAGAGGAGAGCUCCAGUUCCACCCGGGGCCCCUACCCCCACCAUGGGACACACUAGCUUUGAGACGUAUCAGAUGGGCCUUGGCUCAGAAAGCCAGCAGAGGAAAAGAAAGGCUCCAGCCCCUCCUCCUACCCCAACUUCCAUCGACGAUACCUCAACUUCCACUGCACCCAGCCCUGACAGCCCUGCAACUGAAACACCUACCCCAGCCACUCGCAUUAAGGUGGCACAGUCAACCACAGUCGGUACUACCACUGUUGUAAGACAGACAGUGAAACCAGCCCCCCUGAAAACUGAAGUCCAUCCUCUACCUGUGUACGCUGCCACUCCAACCCCCAGCUCCCCGACCCCAAGCAGCAGCACCACUGACAGCCUAGCCGCCCAGGAUUCCAGUUCUGAAUUCAGUCACAGCCUUGACGACUCAGACCUCGACCCAGAUCAGACCGGCUCCCGCUGCAGCAGCCUCACCAGCAGCACAGUGAGCGGCUCUGUGCGGGUCCGGCCCACUACGAAAAGCUCCAGCAGCAGAAUGGAGGAGUCGGAAAUGGUCAGCAGUGUGGCUACUGAAUUAAAUCAAGAGGUGAUUUCAGUCAGCAGCUCGCGGUCAGAGACUGAGUCGGCCCUCAACCUGAAAAUGGAUGAAGUUGAAAACAACAGACACAGUGGAAUGGGAACCCUUGAUCGACCAGCUCCGCCCAAACCUCGCCGUUCCCCAGUCCAAGAACCGCCACAGCUUGUCCUACCCCCUCCCCUGUCCUCCCCUCCCAUUGAACCCACAGACAGCAACUCCCCACAGAGAACUAUGGAGGUGGAGGAAGCAGCUCCCCAGUCCUGGCUCCCCUCCAUGAAGAGCUCCACAGUCAGUGGUCAAAUCCCAGAAGCUGAAACACCCGAGGAGGAGACUUUGUCUGUGGGUAGCAGCAUUGGUGGCAUCAGCCUGCCAGACCAGGGUUACGCAGCUUCCGAGGGCAUGGCAGAGGGUGAGGACUCAGGAUUGGUUAGCUCCCCAUCUGACACCCAACCCACAUCCCCAGAUGAAAGUUUGUCUCUGGAUGGAAGUAGUGGUGGCGGAGGAGAGAGAUUGCAGGGACCAGUGCGGGAGAAUUCCAGUGACAGUGAUGAGGGAUGUGCCACCUGGGGAUCAAGACACAGACACGACGACAUCAACCCAAAGGCGAAGUCAGGCAGGCUAAAGGACAGCUAUGAACAAGAUUCACAGCUCACAGCCCAGCUCCAUCAGACUUUGGUAGAUUUGGAAGCAGACCUUGCAGAUCACGUAGAUAUGGUCUCAGAAACCACCUACACCAUGUCCACAGACAGUAAUGAGGUGCCGGUGUCUGUAGUAGACAUGGAUGUGCCAGUCACAGCCAUAGAUGAAGUGCUAGAAGACUAUGGAUCUAACUUUGUAGAAUGUGACACAAAGUUACUUAUCAGGACUGAGUCAGCUCACAGCAAAGGUCCAAGCAGUGCUGUGGAGCUACAGAACACAAACAACAAUGCUUGUACAGCUGCUGAUGAUAAUAAAAGCAGCAGUACACAUUCUACGCAGCCGUCUCAACGUAAGAAGUCACUGAAGAACAAGUCUGUCAAAAAGAAAGAAAAGAUAUUAGAGACAAAAGUUGAAGAGAUGACUAUAUCUCAUGCUAACAGUUUGAAAGAGGACAAACAAAAAACACCAGCAGUGAAAUCUAAUGUUGAGACACAGAAACACAGCAAGAACGCUCAGAUUGUGCUUGAUCCUGUGAAGAGUAACACUCAGCUCCAAGAGAAGAAACCUGUUCUGCCACCAACCUAUCCUCCUAGAUUAGCUUCUACGGAAGGAGAUGAAGAGACACAAAUAAACAAAAUAACACGAAAUAGCUCCAGCUCUAAUUCUUCACACGGUAAAAUCACACGCAAUGUCACGUCACGCUUCGGUAUGAAAACUUUCACUGUGGUUCCUCCCAAACACUCUGUGAUGCAUGCUGAUAUGAGAGAGCCAGCAUUAACUAGGCAUGCCAUUAAGAUAGAUGAGCAAGGAAAUAUGGUAAAAACGGGUAUCUCCCACAACAGAGUUGGUGGUUCAUCAGAGUUAAAAAGUAAUUGCAGUGAGGGGUCUCCUCUUCUUGGAAAAGCCAAAGCUUUUUGGAGCUUAAAUGAAAGACAAGAAAGCCCUGUUCCCCAGAGCAAAGGUCUGAUUGACAAGGCAAAGGAGAGUACAGAUGACCUGAAAAGUACUCAAACUGCAGUAUCAAAAACUGUGUUGAAGACCGGUAACAUAGAGGACCUGAAAAAGACACCAAGUACACUUAAUAAAUCUGGAGAGAGGUCCCAGCCUAAAGAGAGUGUUAAAGAAGAAGCUAAAGAACCAGUGAAAGAUGUCAAAGUUGCAAAAGAGGAACGGGUAGAAGUAGAGAGCAAGAUUUCAGUGUCCAAAAAUGUUCAGCAGCCAAGUAAUGGACCGACCCUUCCCCAUCCAUCCCCUUCAGACCUGAAAAGAGACCUGCCCUUCCUCAAACCAUCCAGGCGAACCUCAAGCCAGUAUGUAGCAUCUGCCAUCACUAAAUACGCCCCAAAGACUUCAGCUAAACCCAACUCCAUUCCUUACUCCCCCGAGUCCUCUGCUCCAUUAAAAACACAGGGCACCAGCUUCCAAAGAUCGGGUCGGUCCAUACAAGUGAAUCCACGCCAAUCUUCCCAGACCUCUCUGUACAAUAACAAGGAAAACGAUUCUGUUUCUAACCCUCUUGGUCCUAAGAGGUCUAUGAGCUUCCCUGAGUAUAUGUACAACACCCAGAGAGAUUUCGGAGAAGUGAGACAGGACAGGGGUGGAUUUGGAAAUUGUGUUGGAUCCACCAAAGAAAGCUCCAAUUCGCUAGGAACACCAACAGCCAAGCAUAUUCGGUCUACUGGCCCCACCCAAAUAAAUGUGACCGCCAGUAAUGACAGAGAUAAUAUUAAUAAUAUUCAAGGGAGAAGCCCCAGCACUUCACAAAGCAGUUCUUUACAUACAUCUGCCAAACAACCCACAGCCCCCAAGACUGAAUCACAAGAGCAGACAAGUAAUACGACAGACAUAAUCAAGGCAGCCCACCAUCUAACAUCUGGUGCAAAAUCAGAACCUUCAGUUACAGUGUCAGAUAGUGGUACGGUCCCUGGGCCUCUACCAGUCACAGUGUUUGGGCCAAUUAAAAGGUUCAGACCAGUGAUCUGCAAAUCUGUUGAGAAAGACACGACUCUGCACAGCAGCCUGAUGGACGCAAUCCAGACAGGCGGGGGCAAGGACAGGCUCAAGAAGAUAUCCACUUCUGGUCCCAGCAACUUGAAGAAAACCUCUUAUGCUGAGGAGGAGAAUGAGAGGUCGGCUCUUCUGAGUGCCAUUAGAGCUCAGAGCAACUCCGGAAAGCUGAGAAAGACCAAAUCUGACGCUGCUGCUGAGCUUGAGAAGUUCAGGAAGGUGGCCUCUGAGGAUGAGAGAAGUGCAGACCUUCCCAACUCCUCCUCUCCUCCCUCUUUGACCUCUACUUCUCCUGUCUUCACUCUACCACCACCACCACCACCCAUGUUUGCACCUCCACCUCCUCUCCCUGACCUGCCACAGGGUAAACCUACCAUUGUGGCACAUCCAAGUGCUAACAAACCCAUGAACCCUGGCUUAGCCAGGGAGGCCAUGAUGGAGGCCAUCCGCUCUGGAUCUGCUGUCGACAGGCUAAAAAAGGUCGCGGCGCCCACAAAGACAGUCCAAGUGAAUGGCAGACUGGGAACGAUCCAAGCAUCCUCCUCAACACUCCCUCAGCAAUAAGUGGGGAAGCCUAUAUCACUGCAACAAGAAAUCAUAUAUCAGAUUCCAUCAUACUUUUUGUUUUUUGGCCACUGUGUUUUUGAGACGGACAUUUGGAAAACUGGGCUGAGUCAUAUUUUGAGAGAAUAUUAUUUGAAAGUUUGAAGGAAAAGCUGAUGGAUGACAAAUAAUGUAGCAAAAAAUAAAUAAAUAAAUGAAGAAAGGUUUCUAAAUGUAAUAUAGAUUAAAAGAAUAUUCAACCAGUCAGGGGCCUUAUGCAUAAACUAAUGCCGCUUUUAAUGGAACAGCAUUAUUUUUACUCAUUUUCUCUACUGUAAGCAUUUCUUACAGUAGAGGAAUGUUGCUCUGUUAGUAGCCAAACACCUGUAACAUCUACCGGAUAAAGCUGUCAGAGGUAAAAAGUUUGCAGUCAAUUCCGCUCAUAAUAUCAGCUUCUAACGAUAGCUUGCUGUUCCUAAACAUAUCUUGCCCGCACUGUACUUGAAUUCAGUAGUUUUAACCGGAACAUUGUACAAAAUGUGUGCCAAUGAAAGAAGAAUAUUUCAAAUUUAAAUGGUUUAUGCUAUUUCCAGAUCAUAUAUUUUGUUUUGUUCUGAUCUUUUGUAUUUGCUUUUACGGUUAAGAUAUGGAUGCCUUAUACUGUUGCUCAGUCAGUGUUAUGUAUAUGAUGUUUUCUGUAAAAAAGAAAAAUUAAGUUGGAGCUGAUGAUAUUUCCAGAUUUGGACUGCUUAAUAUUUGUUUAACAAAUUAAGAUUAUUGAAAAAUUAAGUACACUAAAGAAAACAAUGGAUAGACAAUGUUUAUGUUUGUUUGUUUUUUUGUUUGUUUUUUCUUUUAAGUGCAUUAUUCUAUCAGAUCUGGUUCAUAAUGCCAACUUCUACAGUUCUUGGCAAAGAGGAGUAAAACUGACUAGUGCCUGUUAGCUCAUGAUGCUCCUGUUAUGAUCCCUAACUUUAAUUUAUGCUGCUGUUUAAAAGCUAAAGAGAUUCUCAUACAUGUACAACGUCAGUGCCCUGCAGAAACGUAUGGUUGCAUAGUGGUAAUAUAACUGACCACUGAUUUAUGAUAUAUUUCAUAUUUAAAGAGAAGCUGAAACAAACCUUUCCUUUCCUUAACAUUUCCACAUUUUUGAAGCACUGUUAUAGAAGCAUAUGAAUGGUGAAUGCCACCAUGAGCAAAGAGUUUAGUUCAUUAAUCACCAAGUCAUUACUGAUAUGUAAUGGCUAUAAACCAGCAGUUGUAGUAAUGCUGUAGGAAAGCAGUAGUUCUUAGGGUAUCUGUGGCCUUGAUUUAGGGCAAGUAUUAUUGCAUUUCAUUCCUCUUCUCUGUAUAUAAAGUUUAGAGUAUGGAGUAGCUCUGAUUUAGGGAGAGGGGACCGCUGCCAUUAAAUGGUAUACAUAUGGAUGCGUAUGUACAUGCUGAAUCAUCUUUAGAAUGAAAACCUAAAUGAUAAAACAUAAAGCAUCCAUCUUCAGGUGUAAAUGCUAGCUGCUGUGUAAUGUGAUUAUUUGAGCAAAGGGAGUUGAAUUCCUAGUUUUAUAUAGAUAUAUUACUAAUUUAUGCUCGGUUUCAAAUCUCAAAACAUUUUUUUACUGUUGUAUGUUUUACAGCUUUUUUUUCUGUUAAUUCUCUCACUAGAAUUGUUCAUUUCUACUAAGUACUUUCAUUUACACAUAAUAUCCUACAGCACAUUGUAGCAUUGUAUAUUUUGUAAACUGAAGGAAGAUCAUUGCAGUGAUAGACUGGAUUUAGAUAGAAAGCUAUUUCACUGAUAGCUUGAGAUUGUAUAAGCUAUUGCUUUUUAAGUUUUAAGUGCACUUUGUUUCUUUGUUUAGUUUUUUUUUGAGGGGAUGGGGGGGCAAGGUUGCACAGUUAUUUUUGUCUACCUAAUUUUUGAUUCAAUAAAUAAUUUUGUAAUCAAAAUAGACCUCUU